CCCUCUUCGAUUCGAUUCGAUUCGCCGGAGCGGGCGAUCCGAGCGGUUUUUGGUGGAGGUAGCUGUAGAUCGGGGGGAAAUAGCGCUUUCAGUGCACGUUGUGUCGAGAAUGCAUGUGUGGUGUAGUUGCCGUCGGUUGGACGUAGUUUCCAGUGUAGAUUGCAUGCGCGUUGAAUUGAAGUCAAUUGAGGAGUGUGGCUGCUGCCGCCAGGCUGGGUUGGGCUUGAAUUGGUUCUGCUUGCUUGAUCGGUGACGCCGACGGAAUGUUUGUUCCUGUUGUUAUAAACAACUUCCUGCUGGUGCGUUGCGUUGACGCCAACGGGAGCGUCGUUGCUGGGUCUUCUGCUGGCUAGUUUGGGCUUAUGGGUGGUUAGGGACCGCAGUCGCUUUGCGUGUGUUGUCUAUUUGGAUAAUACUUAUGCUUCAGCUGGUGUAUGUUCUUUCAUCAGUUUAGGCUAGGUCUGCACCCUUUUGUACAAAGUUUGAGUGCAUAGAACGUUUAGGGGCGCACUUCGCACUUCCUGUCCUCUUUAUUGUUUGUGGCACCCGUUGAUGUCCAACCCUGACUUGUUCAAGUUAGCAUCAGAAAGUAUGAAGAACAUGAAAGCUGAGGACUUAAAGCGAGCUGCUCAGCAGCUGAAUCAAGCAAGACCAGAGGACAUGCGUGACAUGACCGAGAAAAUUGCCAAUACUACGCCUGAAGAAUUUGCUGCUAUGAAGGCUCAAGCAGACGCUCAAAUGUCGUACGCAAUAUCUGGUGCCAAGAUGUUAAAGAAGCAGGGAAAUGAACUUCAUAACCGUGGGCAGUAUUCGGAUGCUGCUGCCAAAUACAAGCUUGCCAAGGAUAACUUAAAGAGCAUACCAUCAUCAGCUGCGCAUACUCUGCAGUUGCAAUGCACCCUAAAUUUAAUGGCUUGUUACCUGAAAACAGGGAAAUUCGAUGAAUGCAUAAGCGAAGGUUCAGAGGUUCUAACUUAUGAUUCAAGCAAUGUCAAGGCAUAUUAUCGAAGGGGUCAAGCGUAUAAAGAGCUAGGAAAGCUGGAGGCUGCUGCUACUGACUUGAGUAAAGCCCAUGAAAUCUCCCCGGAGGAUGAGACUAUUGCUGAGGUUCUGAGAGACACGGAAGAAAAACUUGCAAGGGAGGGGGGAGGAACGAACCUGCGAAAAGGUGUUGUGAUUGAAGAAGUUGUAGAAGAUGAUACUUUAGAGCCAUCAAGCAGUGAAAGAAGUUCACCUCCUGGGUAUUCUGUUUCACAACCGCCUGAAGGAGCAGGAAACUCUGGGCGAUCGGAGUUUUCAAAAAGCUCAAGAGAUGAUACUGCUACUAUCAGGUCAUCCCAAAAUCAUGUGUCAAAGAGUGAUCCUGAAGUCUUAUCGAAGUUAGGAAUGCAAGGAAUGUCACCUGAACUUGUCAAAACUGCCAGCGAUAUGAUUGGCACAAUGAAACCAGAAGAACUUCAGAAAAUGUUUGAAGUUGCUUCUUCUUUGAAUGACACAAGCUCCGUUGCUCCAAAUUUGGGACCUAAUAUGCCAGAAAUGUCUCCAGACAUGGUCAAGAUGGCAUCUGAUAUGAUUGGUAAGAUGUCUCCCGAUGAACUACAGAAUAUGCUGAAUUUUGCAACUCAGAUGGGCGGACCUAGUGGUGCCCCCCAGAGAUCAGAGAAUAACUUUCAAUCUUCAUCAAGAGCCACAACGAGUAGUUCACCCCUUAGAUCAGAGAAUAACUUUCGACCUUCAUCAUCUCAAACAAUUGUGGAGAAUCCUGACGAAAUAUCAAACAACCAAAGGAUGGGCCAGUCAUCAUCUAGUGUUCCCCCUUGUACAGCUGAUAUGCAAGAAACCAUGAGAAAUUCUAUGAAAGACCCUGCAAUGCGGCAGAUGUUUUCAUCCAUGAUGAAGAACAUGAGCCCUGAGAUGAUGGCAAACAUGAGUGAGCAGUUUGGAAUGAAGCUGUCGAAAGAGGAUGCGGCAAAAGCUCAGCAAGCCAUGUCUUCAUUGUCUCCAGAGGAUUUGGAUAGAAUGAUGAGAUGGAUGGAACGAGCACAGCAAGGGGUAGAAGUAGCGAAAAAGACAAAGAACUGGCUCUUAGGCAAGCGAGGCUUGAUCCUCGCUAUUGUCAUGCUGAUCCUGGCCUUCAUCCUUCACCAGCUUGGGUUUAUCGGCAGGUGAUGGCAUGGCCUCCAGGGGCGUGCAAAUAAUUGUUCGACAGCGUAACUGAGUUUCCCCUUGCUAACAAGUAGUUGGAAGCACCGUGGGAAGGCUGAAUACGAGAAUUCUUUGAAUCUGUAUCUUUUUCAGAGGACUAGAGGAGUAACUUUGUUUAUAAGUUACAACAUUCAUCUGAAUUCUACAAGCAGCGCGGCUUAGAAGGGAUCAAGCUAAUAUUGUUGUGAUAACCGGCUGACAUGUAAUAUGAUAUUUUCUGUGUUGUUUCCGAUUUUGCAGUCUUCUUUGUUUAAA